GUGUUGCAAACGAUUCAUUAUCAUUUAACAAUAGUUCAUCUGAAGAAGAUUUCUCAUCAACUGAUCAAAAUUCUUUAUCAUUACCAGAGGAAUCAACUUGUUAUUCAUAUUCUUUAUCUGGAAUGAUAAUACUAUCUUUGUCUGACAAAAUAUCAUCAUCGAGGUCUUGUAAAGAAUUGACCGAAUUUGAUAAAGAAUCCUCAUCUAAUGAAAUAUUGUCAUUAAGUUCUUAUGAAGAACUGGCCAAAUUAGCUGAUCUAGAAGAAGAAGUCAGAGAAACAGGAGGAAAAAGAGCCGAUAUUAUUCACCUGACAGAAGAAGACAUAGAAAGUAAAGACAAUUCUUCAAAAUCAGAUAGAAGAUCUCAUGUCAGAUUUGUCAAAAGAUCAUUGAAAUGCCUUAAGG